AGACGUGUUGUUUUGACCCUAAACGCAUCAGAAAGCUGGGAGUAUUUGAGCGUGCCGGAGUGAAAAGAAAUUCUGGAAAAUGUUCCGCUCAAUUUUAUUCCUUACUUUUAUUUCGCUAGCAUUUGCUAGUGAGUUAGUUGUUGAAAAUGUUGUUACAAACGAAUGUGAAGUUAAAUCUAAAUCAGGAGAUAUGCUUUCUAUGCAUUACACCGGCACAUUGGAGGAUGGAACGAAAUUCGACUCCAGUGUGGACCGAGGAGACCCAUUCUCGUUCCAGCUUGGAGUGGGUCAGGUGAUCCGGGGCUGGGACGAGGGUCUGGUUGACAUGUGCCCCGGGGACAAGAGGAAGCUCACCAUCCCUGCUGACAAGGCUUAUGGUGAUCGCGGUGCUGGUGACAUCAUCCCACCAGGUGCGACGCUGUUGUUCGAUGUAGAGCUGCUGGAGAUCGGGGAGGCGCCGCCCCAAGUGAACGUCUUCAAGGCAAUAGACAAGGACGAGGAUAACAAGCUCAGCAAGGAGGAGGUGCUGACGUACAUCCAGGAGCAGAUCCCAGCCGAGGAGAUGGAGAAGGGUCAGGACCCCGCCAAGAUCACUGAGGAGAUCUUCCACCACGAAGACAAGGAUCGUGACGGCCACAUCUCACAUGAAGAGUUCUCGGGACCCAAGCACGACGAGCUCUAGGACGUCUAGGGCAUCUAGUAUGAGUGAUGGUGACCUACAACUAGGCACCUAGAUAAUAGCGAAGGAUGAGUUGUGGUACAACUAGAGUAUGUGCUGCAUCUAUUGGUGGCGACACUAGAUCAUUUUAUCGAUCUUGAGUCGUAGAUCUUUGGCGGAUCAUGUUACGAAUGUUUGGGCGUCAUUGCUCCAUCGAUCAUCUAAUUAUCUAGAUGAUCGAUCAUCUUCAUUCUAUCUCAUCCAGACCUUCUAUAUACCUAUCAUUCUGACAUUUUCGAGAUCAUUUAAAUGUUUCCUUAGAUCACCAGAUCUAAUCUAGCCCAUCCAGAUCUUCCCUAGAUCAUCCUGAUCUUUUGCUCACGGCGUGGAUGACUAUGCCCUCUAACGUCCUCAUCUUGUGAUCCUUUCUGUUGAUCCAAUUGCCCGAUAAUCCAGCGUUAUAUUAUAUGGAUCUAUCUCCUUUUAUUCGUAAUUUACAUAUUUAAUCAUAUUUUUUAUUAAUAAUUUAUUGGUUUUAUGACUAAUUAUAUGUAUCUUGUAGAAACUGGCUUUCAUAAAGCCUGUGAACCAGUUUAACUGAAUGAGGUUUUACGCUCGUCUCAGACGAUUUAUUCAAUAGGGUCUUCUGAUCCAUUGCAAUUUACGGUUUUAGCGGUCGCCUGAACUUUCUUCAGCAGAAUAAUUCAAGUGUACAAUUUUUGGCGGACAAUACAGUUCUUUCUCUAAGGCCAAUAAUUUAAAAUUAUCCAGAUUUCAUCCAUGUCAAUGCCAAAUAUGCAGAAAUUUCGAAGAUUAUAUUUUUUAAUGAAAAUAUUAAAUUUGACAUUUAAAUAGGCAGUAAGUUCUAAUUUCUGUCCUGCUUUUUUUAUAAAUUCGUAUCUAUUAAUUUUUAAUUUAAUUCAUUGUAAGGAGCUCGAUGAUUUCCUAACAACUAUUCGCAGCGGUCUCUCGCUUGCAUUAUUUUGACGAGUUUUAUCAGACAAAUUCAGCUUCCAUCUGUGAGCGGUGUCAAUUGGUAGAAACUAUUUAAUUAAUUAUACGGUUAGUGUCUCCUAUUUGUAUAAUUGGUAUCUACGAUACGUGGUACAUUUUAAUGCCUGUGAAGGGUGGUGAAUUUUCUUAUCUAUGAUGCGUGGUACACUUUCUUAUCUAUGAUACCUGGUGCAUUUUAAUGCCUAUGAAGGGUGGUGCAUUUUUUAUCUAUGAUGUAUGAUUCAUUCCGUUAUCUAUGAUAUACGAAGCAUUUUCCUCCGCUCUGAUGAGAGAACGUUAUUUUCAAAGUUAACUAUAUUUUAUGCGAGAGUCAAAUACAUCUCAAUGUAUUUUUAAAAUACUUUUUAUGUAUGUCGAUAUAUAUGACUGAGAGCUUUGUAAUACAUAUGAUGCUGUAUUUUCUGAAUAUUAAGCGCGAGUAAGCGUAGUUUUCAUGGCUGUUUUUGUAUUUUGUGUAGUGUGAUCGUUACUAUCGUUGUUGUUUUUGCGUGGUUGUGGUUUUCAACAUUUGACGAGUUAGUGUUCAGACUUGAGAGUAGGUGCUAAUGUGUCCAAUGUACUUGGUGUUACAGGCAACAUCUGAAACACUUUUUCUAGAUCAGAGGACUUUCCUGUUAGUUCUGACACCGGCAUUUGUAUGUGUUGCGUCUUCGUGUUCGUGGAUUAUAUUCGUUGUACGUGUCUUGUGAAAUAUAUUCGUGUUGUAGGUAAUAAGAUGAGUGUUAUUAGUGUGGUGGUUAAGUGGUCGUAGUUACUAGUUACUAGGUUUAUAAUAACAAACAAGGUUGUUAGGUGCCGUUGUUAUAGAUCCACUGCCAUGAUUGCAAGGCUAAAGUUCUUGCCGCGGGUAAUUGUGAUGAAAGACGCAACAAAUAAUAUAAUUAUUGAUCCAAUUAUUCUGCCCAUUCCUCUGAAGUUGAUUUGUUAUGGCACAUACUCUAUAUUGAUGAGAUUUUUUCCCCACAUUUUAUGUUAGAAGGAAGACGUUGUUACUGUUACCUGUCGUUAACUUGACAUUAUUAGUCUCAAAGUUCGUUGUGCUUCUAUUUAGUCUUUGUCUGCCUAUACAUAUCAUAAACAUUGUUAAAAAUUUGUUCAACUGAUGGUACUUGGAAUUUAACCUGCUAUGCGGCAUGUCUGGCGGGCGCUGAUUGGCUGACAGCUUUUAGUUGCACCUUGCUACGCGGCAUGUCAGGCGGGCGCUGAUUGGCUGACAGCUUUUAGUUGCACCUUGCUACGCGGCAUGUCAGGCGGGCGCUGAUUGGCUGACAGCUUUUAGUUGCACUAAGACCGUUGACUUACUAUGUAAAUCGCCAACUGUAAAAACUUCUUUGAUUGCCAAGAAAAAAAUAGUGCAAGUUCUCGAAGGUAUUGUUUUCUUGAAAAUUGCCGGGAAAAUAUUAACAUUUGCAGUGUUAUUAUGCGAAUUUUCGGGGUCGAGUGUGAUGCAUAGCUAGCGGUGGUUCUUUGCUUGAGGUCAUGGCAGUGCAUCUUCUAUGUUGUUUUUUUAAUACUCUUGUUGUAUUGAUACGAUUUCGACACAUUUGUGCUGAUGCCACUUCUCAACGACCGUGUGCUAAAAAACUCAAUCGAGACUUGAUUUGUCGCAAUCAAUACCACGAAUUGUUGUUUUACGCAUUAAAGUGCCCUGCACAUUUCAACUGAAGUAAAGAUUCUGCGGCGACUUUCAUAAAUGAUUUGUAUCGUUACGUUCUAGGGCCACAAAAUUCUUGCGCACAUUCGAAGUUGCGUUUCGGCUCAGUGUGAAGGGAUCGCUACGUCCGCACUUUGUUCGUACAUGCACUACGUGGAGCUUGAAACACGCCUUGUGAUUGGUUGGUACGCUUCACUUUUUUGACCAAUCAAGGGGGCAGAUGAGCUCGUCUUCUGCUGUUGCUUCCGUAGAUUAGUUAUUUUUUAUAUGAUAAGAGCGAGCAGUAACCGAAGCUUAUUUUUCGCAGACGGUCUCAAAUAAUCUUUUUUUCUGUAAGAUGAACACCGGCGCUGGUGAAACCCGAGCCAUUUUUACACACACUCCAAGCAAUGAAUUGGUUACUUUGUCCAACUAGUGACAUACUUUCUUACCCACAGCACGAGCAGAGAGCUGAAGUAGCUUUGAUCCGCCAUUUGGCCGGGCCAUACUGGCUUAGGAUGGCCUUCACAAGGGCAAAAGAUGCAUCGCUAUUGAGACAAAGUGUCAUUUCUUUGAGUGCACUAAUAAGGCGUUACUGAUCGAGCCAAUAAGGUUUGGGUUGUUGCUCAAUGGAUUGUUGUGGUCCACCAACUCUAAAUUAAUUUAUUUCUAUUCUAUUCACAAUCUAAUACUUAAUUUGUUUUAAAGAACUCUAGGUGACAAUUGUGUACUUGUUGAGAUGAAUUUAUGAUUGUUGGUGUGCUGUAGAUCAUUCUAUGUGCGGCUGUAUUGAGCUUCCAAGAGCAAGCCUUGCCUUCUCCGUCGCACCUAAUUACUAAUAAACCGUAUUCUUUC